AUGUCGCUCACCAUCUCUCAGCCGUCGAGGACCGCAUUCGGCCACAGAUCCACCCAUGAGUUCAACCCGAGGAUACCGCUUGCCAAGUCGCGCUUCUCUCCCAAACCUACCCUUGACACUCCCUCUCCGGUGAGCUCGCUGCGGGUCGGCACCACUCCAUCGGACGACAAGGACGACAACAUGUCCGGCCCUCAUCCUCACAGAGGCUUGCCUCCUCCGUCUGCCAUGGCUCUGCCGGAUCCUCGACGAGAAGCUGGGCCUCCUUCGUUCGGACAGGCCAUGGGCCCGAUGCCCGCUCCACCAGGUCAAUGGCAGGGCCACGAGGAAUCCAUGCGCAACUGGCUUGUGGCAAAGGCCGAGGAAGACAAACGGAAGCAGGAGGAACAGCGGACGCAGCAGGAGACUUUGCGACUGGAGCAACGCAAGAUCGAACAGUCCAUGCUGCGCGAGUCUCUCCAGGGCGGCGUGCCACCCUCCAUGGUCCCCAUGAUCUAUGCCGGCAUUGGAGGCGCGAAUCUGGCCCAUGUGAGCCUGGAUUGGUUACAGCAGUAUGCCAGCCAGUUGCAGCUGGCCCAUCAACAGAUUCAGCAAUCUUCGCCAGACAUGCGAAGGGACCAAGGCAGGCUCAUUGGGCCCCCGCAACCUGCGUACCCGAUUGCACAGCCCUCCCAGCAACAUGUGCUUCCGAGUCAGCCAACGGAGCAGCCUGCACCUCCUCCAGGCCCGAUCCAAACAACCUUCUCUGCUUACCAGCCGGCACCUGCGAGGCAAUCACAGACAUCGGCUCCCCGGUCGGCAACCCACACACAGUUGCCAAGACUUACCACCAACGAGAUGUACGUUCACCAACCGCCGCAGCCCGGAACCGGUAGCGCACAUCCUCUGCAGCAAAGCCAGACCAUCCAGCAGGAUCAGCCAUCUUCCUCGCCAUCCAUCUACUUUCACCAUUGGGUGCCGCCGGACCAGGCCAAGAGUAGCAACCAACCGCAGACGCCGGCGAGCAAGGGCGAGCCGCAUUCGGCGCAUCCAAGCUCUCAACCGCAUGAGGGCGAAUACCGUGAAUCGCCUCGCAAACGCAAAGCUCAAGGCGGACACCAGGCCAAUCCGCCUCCUUCUUCGGCUGGACCGCAAUAUACUUCGCCUUCCUUCUCCACCACCAGCUCCGCUUCAGGCCGGAAAGGUGGUCACGCUCGCUCCCGUAGUAACGCGUCAGCCGGUCGAGACUCUGACAGCAGACCGGACAGUCGACGAGAGGAUCCACCAUUGGCCCAGAAGCAUCCAGAUUCCGGACACACCAAUACGAGUGACGAGUCUUCCUCCCAUCAAUCGCAACCUUCGCACUCGCACCGAGCGAAAGAGGAGCCGUCCGGGCAAGCUGCAGCCGAGGGCCAGCCACGAAAUCCUCUUGAGCCUCCGCGGCCAGGGUCGAGCUGA